ACAGUCGAUUUUCGCGCCUCCGAUAUAAAUCCCCCGAUUUUUUCGGUGUCGUCAGUUGUGCGAAGUCGCUGCACUGCCAAGUGUCCGUCCGUCCGUUCCGUACGUCAGUAGUUCUUCGCGGUCUCUGUCUCGUCGCUGCAUCUCGUGACUGCAUUUUAUAAAAAUCACAGAAACUGCGCGGGUGUAAACUUGUGUGCCGAUCUGUCUUUUUUUCCCCUUUGUGCGUAACUUCCAUAUAUAAUCCCACAUACAUGUCAUCGGCUCAGGUAAUGAUGCUGGAGAUGCCGAACUACGUCAAAGCUACCAUGCUGACCGACAUGGAGCAGCUGCCCAAGAUCCAGCUCGGCAAUUUCACCCUGGAAUUCGAGCUCGGGCCGCCGUCCGCGGAAAUCGCCGAGGUCGCGCGCAAGGAGCUGCGCGAGACCCCCGAGCUGCAAGCCGAGUCCGUGGCCAAACUCCGCGCCCUCCUCCAGCAGGAGAAGGACCUCAAGUGUCCGCUCGACAACGACGCCUGGCUCAUACGCUUUCUGCGGCCCUGCAAGUACUAUCCCGAGUCCGCUCUCAAGCUCAUCCAGAACUACUACAGCUUCAAGAUCAAGCACUCGAACGUGUACGAGGGCCUCAAGCCCAGCAACGAGGGCAACAUAUUCGCCCAGAACAUACUAACGGUGCUGCCGAAUCGCGACCAGCUGGGCCGUCGCAUCCUAAUCAUCGAGCUGGGAAAGAAGUGGAAGCAUCACGAGGUCACCCUGGACGAGGUGUACAAGGGCUGCGUGCUGUAUCUCGAGGCCGCAAUGCUCGAGCCCACCUCGCAGAUUGCGGGCGCCGUGGUGAUCUUCGACAUGGACGGGCUGUCGCUGCAGCAGACCAUGCAGUUCACGCCGCCAUUCGCCAAGAGGAUCGUCGACUGGCUGCAGGACGCCGUGCCACUGAGGAUCAAGAACAUACACGUCGUCAAUCAGCCCUACAUAUUCAACAUGGUGUUCGCCCUGUUCAAGCCGUUUUUGAGGGAAAAGUUGAAGAGCAGAAUCAUCUUCCACGCCAAGGAUCGCAAAUCCCUACACAAGUACGUGUCGCCCAAGUGCCUGCCCGAGUGCUACGGCGGAAAUCUGCAGAUACCCGUGGUGAGCGGCAAUCAGUGGCUCGAGCUGCUCAUGAUGUGCGACAAAGAGUUCGAAGCUAUCAACUCUUACGGCUAUCAGAAAAAGAAAUGAUGAGAGACGCGACGAGAAAAUGCACAAGUAUUCCAGUCUCUGUCUUCCUCCCUCUGUCUCUAUUAUACCGACCGUUGAGCGGUCUCUAAAAUCAGCAAAAUAUCAUUCCAUUGUAGAAAAAUGUGUUCCACUUUUUCGAUUGAAAAAUUUUUGAUACGUAACAAAGCGCAAUUUUUUGAAAAAGAGCAAUAUAUAACAAUUAGGGCCUACAUUAGUAAAUCGUAUGGAUGAUUUAUAUACACUGAUGAAAAUUUACUAACUCCGUCAUGAUAUCCACUGUGGCUGGCUCAAGAAUUAUAGGAUUUCAUGAACCAAGAUGAAAUUUUACCUGGGGCAAGAUAUUUUUUGUCAUGCAGCAAGAAAAUGAAGAGUUCUUGUCCAAGUAAAAUUUGGUCUUGGUUCAUGAAAUCUUAUAAUUCUUGAACCAACCACAGCGAAUUUCAUGACGGAGUUCGUAAAUUUCUAUCAGUGUAGAACUUUUUUCUCUUGUAUAGUCAAAUGCCAAGUAUCUUCGAUUGUGUAAGCUUGCUAGAGUUACAAUUUAAAACGUCGUUGUAAAUAUAAUGUUGUUUCUUUUUUUAUAAUUAUUAUUGGGGCUUAAAUUUAUACUAGAAAAUAGUUUAUAAUUUAUUUUUGUGGGGUCUUAUCGAGUAUAAGUAUUUCGAAUUCGUAGGUGUACUGUAUAACUAUUUAUAACAAAAAAUGUCUGUGUCUUGCUUGCUCUGUAUCUUUGUAACCGAGCAUAAUUUAAAACAGAUCAUAUCGAUGGAUAUUGCAAACUAUUAGUAUUAUUUCCAAUAUUCUUUCUCUCUAUUAUCGUCGGAAUAAUGUUUAGUUUAUUAAGUCUUCAAAUAUAAUAUACACAUAUAUUUUGUAUACGAUACAAAUCAACGGGGAAAAAUAAUUUGAAUCCGUCUUCAUUUAUUAAAAAAAAAAAAAAAAAUUACCAUGUAAAACAAAUGGUCGAUUUCCUCUUAUUGUGAUAAAAAUUACUCUUACUCGAUGUUAAGUACGAAUUCUCGACGUUAAAAACGUCGAGAUCUUCAGUUGAGAACAACGAAAAAAAAUAUAAAAAAAAGAAGAAAAAGAAAUUGUACGAUCGUGAAAAAAAA